CGCCAUGUCAUUCUCGUCAUCUAAUAGCUGCGGAUGAAAGAGCGGAUAUUCCUGACGUCUCACGCACGAUCACACGAGUCACGACACUCAUCGAACGACCAGCACACCCUUGCCAAAAUGGAGAAGCUCAAACACGAGAUCGAGACCACGGAGCCGGACGUGCCAUUCCGUGCGACCGACAAGCAUGUUCACUACACCUGGGCGAAGACUUUCCAGUCCCGACCGGAGCUCUACAUCCAACCGCGAUCGCUCGAAGAAGUUCAGAAGAUCGUACUGCUUGCACGCAGGUGUCGCAAGCGGAUUGUAGUAGUAGGAUGUGGACACUCGCCGAGCGACUUGACCUGCUCCUCGUCAUGGAUGGUCAAUCUGGAUCAUUACAGCAAAGUGCUGAAGGUGGACAAGGCGAAGAAGACACUGCUGGUGGAGGGUGGCAUCAGGCUCGCUCAGCUGAACGCAGAAGCGAAUCGCCAUGGCUUGACAAUGCCGAACUUGGGCAGCAUCGAUGAGCAGAGCAUCGUGGGGGCAAUCGCAACGGCGACACAUGGCAGCUCGUUGAGACAUGGCCUGCUGAGCGACUCUGUGCGUAGUCUACGGAUUGUGCUUGCAAACGGAGCUGCAGUCAGAUGCUCCAAAGACCAGAACCAGGAGCUCUUCCGCGCUGCGCUUAUAUCUCUCGGCGCCCUGGGAAUCAUCGUGGAAGUGGAGUUCGAAAUGACCGAUGCAUGCCACAUUGAGUGGGAGCAAACCCUCCUCCCUCUGAAGGAGAUCCUGGAAACCUGGGACAACACUUUGUGGACACAGAAGGAGUUCACCCGAGUGUGGUGGAUGCCUUAUACGAAGCGUGCAAUCAAAUGGUCCGCCGAGAAGACAUCAAAGCCGCUUCGAGCUCCAAUAGAAUCCUGGUAUGGUGGCUCUGUUGGUUUCCACACCUACCACAACCUUCUCUGGCUCUCAAACUACAUUCCGUGGAUCCUCCCAAGCAUUGAAUGGUUCGUUUUCGGGAUGCAAUACGGCUUCUCUCCGGGCAUCAAGACCACCGCCGUGGAAGAGCUCAGAACAGGCUUGCUGAUGAACUGCCUGUACUCUCAAUUCGUCAAUGAGUGGGCCCUCCCGCUUUUCAAAGGACCUGAAGCAAUUACACGUCUCUCGGCCUGGCUUAAUGGCGAGUCGGGUGGUGGUGGUAUCCCUUUCAGCAGCAAAGGACUGUGGGUGCACUGUCCGAUCGAAGUGCGAGUUUCCGACACAAGCACACGUCAGGGACCAAGACCGCUCCUGGACAACACCAACGAGGACGGUCCAACUUUGUAUCUCAAUGCCACUCUCUACAGAGCACAUCUUCGAGACCCGCCAUGUCGUGCUCGCUACUACGAAGCGUUCGAGUGGUUGAUGCGCGAUCUUGGCGGCAAGCCACACUACGCGAAGAACUUCGUAGCGACCGACAUUGGCGAGUUUUUGGGUGACAACCUGACGCAGUGGCUCAAGGUCCGAAACGAGGCCGAUCCAGACGGCAUGUUCCUGGGCGAGUGGCAUCGUCGGUCCCUGGGACUAAGAGAUUCUCGCUUCUCACUUGAAGAAAAGGAGAUCUCGCGCAGUCCUGCCCCCAAUGGCGGACAGAUUUGGGUUGGUGAGAUUGCUGGUGGUGGUACCGCCGCUCGGUGUGAGGCUUCUACUGAACAGAAGCCGGCCAGUCCCAGUGCCAGCUCGAGUGCUAGCAGCUUCGACAUGAUGCACGGUUCCGAGGCGGAGAGGAGUACACUUUUCAACGGAUCGGAUUAUGAUUACGAUGAUGGCGAGGAGACCGACAGGGACCAGAGCAGAUAUCACGGUCACCCAAAGACUAGGCUCACAGGCACGGAGGUCUUUGAUAAAAUGUAG